AGGAAAGAAGCCUGGGCCCUUGCCAAGAGAAAAACCACUGACAAACAUAGAGGAAGUUCAUAUUGCAGGGACUCGUGGCGUGCGUUAGUGGGGACAACGGAGAUGGGAACAUGAAACAGAAGUGGGCGGCGCUACUGGGGGCACUUUGGGGUUCCAUUGCCGUCGCCUUCGGGGAAUUACUGCGUAGGAUUUUCCAAGGCACAGAGAACAAACAAGACCAAAUGAUCGACCAAGAGCCGAACAACGAAUUAGACGAGCGUUGUUAUCAUACCACACACAGGAUGUCAGGAUCAGAGAGGCAUUUCCCUCAGCCCUGGGUCCGUGGUCUGCGGGUACGAAUGGGUAGCCGCGUCCACUUCUCUCUCCUCCCCGAGUGCCCGAGUCCCCCGACAACGCGCACAGUCUGGACUCUCUGGAGUCUGCCCACAGGAAUACCAAGACCGGAUCAUCGUCAUGGAAGGACGAAGAAGCCCGGUAGCUGCAGAUGGAGCCAGACAUUCCCGCGCUACAAUUCUCCCACCAAACGAUGUACUGUGCUGACACGCAUACCUAUGUGCAUGUAAAUGCCUCUGACCUCAGCAGAGAUCGAGCGAUGGAAACGCGCAGAGCCGAAAGUUCAGACGCCGUUUUAAGAUUCGUCGAUCUCCCCUGGCACUAAACCAAUUCGGCCCAUCUCGAAAAGCCGAAAUGGUGCAGAUUCGCGUGUGACGCGCGGGGUUCAGGAGAAAGGAGGGGGUUUACUCGAGUCAAAUACGGAUACUGUCAAUCAAAAAAUCCCGAAAGUAUGACUUCAGGAGAUACCU